AUGGCCAGCAAAACAGGGAGAACCUGGCUGGGCUGCAAAAAUCCCCAGAUGGCAGUUAGUUUCUUAAGGCUCGCUGUCAAGAGCCUGGAAACCCUCUAUGGCCAACUGAUGUCCAGAGGCGACGGAGCCGCUGACGUCACUUCAUCCAAGGAGGAUGUGGAGCAGGAUCUACUUCGAAUUCUCUCAUGCCAGGCAGAAUCGGCCAUAGCUCAAGGGAAUAACCAAGAGGCUGCGGUCUACAUACAGCGUUGUAAAGACAUAUUGCUGCGGCUACCAAAAGACACUGCGUUUCUCUCCCUUUUGUGCUACAACUUUGGAGUGGACAUGUACCACCUUAGAAAGUUUGAGGACAGUGCAUUUUGGUUGAGCCAAAGCUAUGACAUUGGGAAAAUGAAUGUGAAGUAUGCCCCUGGAUCUGAGGUUCUGGCCAAGGUGUUGCGGCUCCUUGCUACUGUUUACUUAGAGUGGGACUGUCAGAGAUUUCAGGACAAGGCUCUUAAUGCUGUCAGCUUGGCAAACAAGGAAUGUGUGAGCCCAUUUGGACUGUACUUAAAGAUAAGAAUACUCCUGAGAAGUGGGGCCUCAGACAAUCACAUCAGAGCAGGACUAAAUGAGAUGCUGGAAUCAGAGGCUUCUCUUGAAGUGUGUCUGAACACAGUCAAACUACUUAUGGUUGAAGACAGAGAAGUGCCGGCAUUUGAGUAUUUGAAACGCAUAUGUCAGCACUUUGAGUCGUCCCCUGACCUGGGAAAUGCUCUUGUCUUGCACGUUGAGCUGCUGCUGCAGAGAGGCAAGGAGCUGCUGGGCAAACAGAAGAUAGAGGAUAUAAUUACGGGGCACUAUACAGGUAAACAGCUGACACCACAGGCCCUCACAACCCUUCAUGUCAUGCUGUGGGAUAAAGCAGCCAAUCACUUUGAGACCAGCAACUACACUGAGGCUCUGCAGUGGUAUAACUACUCCCUGAGUUUCUUCAAGGGAGGUCAAAUGGAUCCCAACUUAGCCAAACUGCAAAGGAACAGAGCGUCCUGCUUCCUGCAGCUUAAACAGCUGGAAAAGGCUAAAGAAGCAAUCCAGGAAGCAGAGAGAUGUGAUCCUGACAGCAUUUUCACUCAGUUCAGUGUUUAUAAGAUUGCUGUGCAAGAGAGCAACAUGGUGAAAGCUGUAGAGGCACUGGACGCAAUGGGACAUCUGUCCAAGAGUCCUGUAGCCAGUGAGGACAGACUGCUGGUGUCUGGGAAUGCUGCUUCCUGUCUCCUCACUCUGGUCGCUCAGAUUGCGUUGGAGAAUGGAAAGCAAGACAUUGCCAUGAAAGCACUGGAGCGUGUUUGUGAAACCUAUGAAGAUGAAACUCAGGUUUUGACUGCUCUGAGGUGUUUGGUUCGGCUUGUGCUCUCCACAGCAGAAAAACCAGGUGAAGAGAUGAGGGAUGCAAAUCUGGAUGUCCUGCUGCCAUAUCUAAAAAAGGCUCUGCAGACACUUUCACACCAUUCUUACACAACUGCUGAGCAACACACAGAGGAGGCUAACUGGUUCAGAAGGACUGCUUGGAACUUGGCUCUGCAAUGUGAGAGCAGUCCUGACAGAAUGAGGGAUUUCUUUGUGCUCUCUUACCAGCUGUCCCAGCUGUGCCCUCCUGAUCGCACACUGCUCAUGGGCCAGAGGACUUGUCUGCUAAUGGCUGCUGCUGCCUCUUUGGAGCUCUGCAGGAAGUCUCCUCACUCCGCCCAGACUGAGGAGCUGACUCAAGCCCUGGAGCACAUUCAGAUCUGUUGGGAGAUCUGCAAAACCCUGAAAGCAUCAGGAAGCUUCCCAGUGGACCCAACAGAUUCGCUACUGCUGCUGUAUGAAUUUGAAGCUCGUGCUAAACUGAAUGACCCCAAGGUUGAGACGAUACUGGAGUCCGUCCUUGAGCUAGAGAAUGUAGAAGCAAAACUGCUAGAGACCAUAGCAGCCUUAGCCAUGGAGCCUCCAGCCCACUUCCCUCUGCUGUGUAAGAAGGCCCUGAGGGUGGCUCUCUCUCUGCACAAGAAACAACCACAGCCGGACCUGGCCCACUGCAGCAAGUGCGUUCACAGCCUGAUCAAGCUGUCCCUCCCGAGCGGCAUGUCAGAGGUGGAGGCCCAUGUGCUCGAGGAGGUGUGGGACUACUACGAGGAGGCCCUGUCCAUCAUCGCAUCCGCACCGGACGACUUCCCAGAGAUGGAGACCCUGUGGCUGCUGACUCGGGCUUGGAACACGGGGAUACUGCUGUACAGCUUGGCUCAGUAUCCUGAAGCUGAGAAGUGGUGUGGCCUUGCCAUGAGCUUCGUCCGCCACCUGGGAACUCUGCGGGAGAGCUACGAGACGCAGAUGUCUGGUCUCUACAGUGAAAUCCUGGACAGAUUGGACAAAGAAAAAAGAAACCACAACAUGGAGGAGUAGGAACACUGGGGUCAGCUGUUGUUUUAAAGCCUGUUCAGAGCAUUAAAUUAAAUCUACUCAGUUCCAUUAGCUUCUUGCAGCUAAAUGUUCUAUUUUGUUUAAAAGUACAGUUCAGAUAUUCCAGUUUGACCAAAAAAAGUCUGUGCAACUGUGAGGCGUCCUGCUAGACUACCACGUUUCCCUACUUCAAUAAAACCUAAAAUGCCAACAAAAAGUCUUUUUAAAAGUUUCUAUAAUUGCAGUAAUUUGGUUAUUUUCAAUGCCAAUGCUUCAACCAGAAUAAC